UAAGAGUGUCCUUGACAUUACGGAGGGGAUCCACACCCUGGGGGACAUUAAAUGGGAGCUGGCGGGGUGUCUACUGCUGGCUUGGGUGCUGGUCUGUAUCUGUCUGGCCAAGGGCAUCAAAACUUCGGGAAAAGCCGUUUACUUCACCGCCUUCUUCCCGUAUGUGGUUCUGUUGAUCUUGUUAAUAAGAGGCCUGACUCUGCCUGGAUCUCUGAAAGGAAUUGUGUACUACGUAACUCCACAGUGGGACAAACUAGCCAGGGCACAGGUGUGGGGAGAUGCUGCUGUACAGAUUUUCUUCUCCCUGUCCCCUUGCUGGGGAGGGCUGAUUACCCUGGCCAGUUACAACAAGUUCAACAACAAUUCUAAAAUGGAUGCCAUCAUUGUGUCGGUACUGGACUCUGUGACUAGUGUCUUCGCUGGCCUGGUCAUUUUCAGCAUCAUUGGUUACAUGGCAGAGGUGUUGGAGCAGCCUAUUGAUAAAGUUGCUACUGAAGGUGCAGGAUUGGCCUUUGUAGCAUACCCUGAUGUAGUGACAAAACUCCCCCUUUCACAAUUGUGGUCUGUGCUUUUCUUUGCUAUGCUAAUCACUCUUGGACUUGGAACACAGAUUUCCACGGUAACUACCGUACAUACUACAUUGCUGGAUCAGUUUCCUCACCUCCGUAAAGGUCACAGGAAGACGUUGUUAUUGAUCGUCAUCGCCAUCUUCUGUUUCCUGAUCGGACUCAUCUUCUGCUCUCAGGGUGGAAUGUACAUGCUGCAGUUGUUUGAUAAUUACGCUGCCACCUACUCCCUCCUGUUUAUUGGUAUGGUGGAGUGUAUAGGAAUAUCCUGGGUAUAUGGUGCUGACAGGUUUUUGACAGACAUUGAGUUGAUGUUGGGAACUCGACCUAGCAAUAUAUGGAAAUACAGCUGGAAGUUCGUGGCUCCAAUAGCUCUGUUGGGUAUCCUGCUAUUUACGGCUAUUGAUUUUAGCCCUACGGAGUAUAACAAGGAGAAGUUCCCGGGCUGGGCUGACGGGGUGGGCUGUCUAAUCUCCAUAGCUUCCAUUAUAAUGAUCCCCAUUGUCGCAGUCUACAUGGUCCUAAGUCGUCGGAGUCAAUUCUCAGGGUCUUUUAUUGAACUUAUCAAGCACCUUUCCAAACCAACGGAGAAGUGGGGACCUUACAAGAAGGAUCACCGAGCCCAGAGACAGAGGAUGGAUGACAGCUAUAACUACGAGUCACAGAUUCCACUCAAAGACCACACCGACAGUCAGAAAGUCUAAUACCAGCCAAAAAUAAAAACGGAAAAAUACUGUUUCUGAGCAAGAAUCCUCAGUAGAGACUGAAUAGAUCAGGUGCAGGCUAUCACAAAACUAACGACUGUUGUAAUUUUUAAAAUUGUUUGUAGAUUAAUGAUAUGAAUUUCUCAGAUACGAUAUUUUUGAUGACAAUUUUUAUUAACCUAAUUUUUAGGUACAAUGUAAUAUGUA